AGUAGAUUUCCCGGAUGGAAGGGCUCCUAUUCUGUAGCGGGUUCAGCGUUUCGCGUUGCCGCUGGCACGUUGACGCCCUCGGCGUUGCGUCCUCCACACCGCAGUCCGGGGACUCGCGAACUGUACGAUCCCCACAUCGGCCAGUCCCGCCCGCGGGGAGCCCGGCCUGGUCGGGAGACGCUGUGCUGCCUCACUGGAUCCGCGUCUGUUUCCGGUUCCACUGAACACGUUGAUCUACAUCUUCUGUUUUUACUGGACUUUGUGGGCUUAUAAGUAAUUUCUACUUCUCCCUAUUCCCUUUUUUGAGUUUCCUCAGAUCUGAAUCAAAGCUCUGUCCUCUCCACAGAGCGACCCAUAGGAAAACAAGAGGAUACAGUACCCAGAGUCCAGCCGUCACCUCCCCAGAUAUUUAAACAACUCUCCAGUUCCUCAGACUCUUCCACUCACCCAAGACGGCAAAAGAUUGAAUUUCUUCAUCACAGUACAUGCAUAUAACAGGCAGAGAGCAAAGCUUGGUAAUCACCUUGGCAUUGCCUGUCUCUGUGAUGCUGAAGACAUUCUCCUUUCUGUGCACUUCAGAAGAGGUUCUGAUUUCCAGAGUCUGUAAGCUUUGGAAGAUGCUAGUUGAGCGUUCUGUGCUAUGGAGACAAGUACCUGACACCGUACUGGAUUGUGGGUGUCUUGAUAUGUCCUACUUCUCUGAAACUUUUAUUUUCAACAACGAAGCACAUCCUAUUUAUAGUAAACUUUGCCUGCCUAGUGCUUGGACUGUGUGAGUGAGACCCCGGAGAAGGACCCUGCAGCUGGCUUAGUGGCCAUGCAGCCUCUGGAAUCAGUGACAUUUGAAGAUGUAGCUGUAGACUUCACCCAGGAGGAGUGGGCCCUGCUGGACACGUCCCAGCGGAAGCUGUUCAGGGAUGUGAUGCUGGAGAACAUCCGGCACCUGGUCUCCCUGGGGUGUCAGCACUGCCAGUCAGCUGUGGUUUUCCAGCUGGAGCACGGAGAAGAGCUGUGGGGGGAAGGCAGUAGAUCUCUCCGAGGCCAGGGCCCAGUUCUUUUAGGCAGGGAAUGUGCCCUUAAAGAACAAGACAUGACAGUUGCACGUAGCCUCCUGCCAGAGCAGAAGCCUCACACUCUGGAGGGUCCCGUUGAAUGUGAUGACUUGGAAGACGAUCUCACUGGCAGCUUCUUGUUGACUCACCAUUUGUUAGCUCACACAGAAAAGGCACCCUGUGUCAGUAACCAGUGUGAGAAAUCCGUUAGUGACCAGUCCUACCUCACCCAACAGAAGCAGAGUCACUCUAGAGGCAAGUCAUGCGAGUGCCACCUGUGCGGAAAAGCCUUCGGUAACUGCUCCAGCCUCAGGCGACACGAGAUGACGCACACUGGAGAGAAGCCCUACGAGUGCCACAUCUGCGGGAACGCCUUCAUCCAGAGCUCCGACCUCAGGAAACACAGCCUGACGCACACUGGGGAGAAGCCGUACGAAUGUCAUCUGUGCGGGAAAGCGUUCAGCCAGUCCUCCAACCUCAGACAGCACGAGAGGACGCACACCGGAGAGCAGCCGUACGAGUGUCACCUGUGCGGGAAAGCCUUCAGUAAGUGCUCUGCGCUCAGACGGCACGAGAGGACGCACACCGGAGAGAAGCCCUACGCGUGCCAUCGCUGCGGGAAAUCCUUCAGUCAGUGCUCCGCGCUUAGACGCCAUGAGGGAACCCACAGUGGAGAGAGAAUUAUGAACGCCUUCAGUACGUGUCCUGACCUAGGAUGACACGGUGUUCUAAAUGUAACACACGUGGGCGAGGUGUCUACCGCGGCUGUUGGCAUUUAAAUGCACCAGACGACUGGCACAUCGUUCUGUCACUCUUACUCCUCUGACUUACACAGACUUCCGUGGAGGAAAUCCAUGUGUGACAUCCAGGCAGCAAAACCUUCAGUCCGCGGCCCAGCCGCUGACGACGUGAGAGCACGCGCUCUGUAAGGAGAAGGCAUGGAGGGUGGUCAGCAGCGGCUCUCGACCGUGGACACAGCGGACACCUGCCCAAGGAGGACCCCUCGGUGUGUCGUCGCUGUGGUUGGGGCAGCCUGGCGGCAGCCCCGUGAAGUGGAGUAAGCACCAGCCCCCGGCGGAAGUGGGGGAUUGGUCUCAGGAAGCACCUCAUUCACCCUGCAGGAAAGACCCGGAGAACCGUGUGUUCCCUGAGGGGCGCGCAUGAGGACCCCGCCUGUGCCAAACAGCGUCACCACCACAGGGGGGUCUCGGCCAACAUUGAAGUUCUUACCUGAGGGAAGGCAGUCGUGCAGUCCCAGUGGAGAGAACUUGUGCUCCCUUUCACGUCAGGAAACUAAGUCUGGGGGCAAAACCUCUGAAAGAGCCUUUUAUAACAGAGAAUUUAGCAAAUAUUUCAGGACUCUGAGAAAAUAACUGUUCAUAGGGAAAUUGUGGCAUCUAAGUGCAGAAUAGUGCAGUGAUCCAGGAAUAUUGAAAGAAAUGAAGUUUUUUCAAUAGAUUAUUGCUUGUAAACAUUUAAACAAUAAACCCUGUUGCUGAGAAACCC